AUGUCUGUGCAAGAGGAUAAAAAUAAUGAACCGUUAUUUAUUAAAGAUUACGAGGACGUAUUUAAGGGCUUAGGAUGUUUACAGGGUAAGUAUACAAUACGCUUAAAGCAGAAUAGUGUACCCGUAGUGCAUGCUCCUCGAAAGCUACCAUUCGCAAUUAGGGAUGAGUUUAAAAGAAAAUUGGAUGAAAUGGAGUCACAGCAAAUUAUUUCUAAGGUUGUGGGCCCAUCUGACUGGGUCAAUAGCAUAACAAUAGUUAAAAAAGCCAACGGCGACUUACGCAUUUGUUUAGACCCUAAAGAAUUAAACAAUGCCAUUCGACGGGAACACUUUAGGCUUCCAACUCUUGAUGAAAUUGUCUCAAAACUAUCAGGAGCAAAAUAUUUAGUACACUAG